GGACCACUGACUAACAGGUGACGACUUGAGAGCUCCCGCCACAAUUCGGAUCCCGCACCAACUCUCUAUCGUCGCUGGAACAUUCCGAGGUCAUCUUAUCUUUUACUUAAGCGCUGCCUGUCUACCUAGCGAGAGCAUACCACGAACCUAAGCUUGAGUAAUUAAAUUUUUUGUCAAUAUCGGCAAGAUGACGGCGCUGCCUUAUGCCGUGGACGCGGAAACAUCGCUGAGGGAAGCGGAGUUGGAAACUUUGCGAACGCAGUAUGAUAAAGAGGGUGAUAUGGCCGGUAUUCAGACAAAAUUCAACUAUGCAUGGGGCCUAAUCAAGUCCAACAAACGAAGCGAUCAACAGCUAGGAGUGCGUCUACUUUCAGAAAUAUUUCGAGUCUCGCCUGACCGUCGCCGUGAAUGUCUCUACUAUUUGGCAUUAGCCAACUACAAGCUCGGGAACUAUGGAGAGGCAAGGCGCUACAAUGAUUUGUUGUUGGAUAAGGAACCGGCCAAUCACCAGGCGAUGGACCUCCGUAGAUUGAUCGAUGACAAAGUAACGAAAGAGGGUCUGAUGGGCGUUGCGAUCAUAAGUGGUGUCGCCAUUGCUGCCGGUGUGGUUGGUGGGAUUCUAUUCCGAGGCAAGAAGCGGUAGAAAAGGAGAUAUGAAUUUCCAGAAAGGAAGCCACGCGCUAGGUAAACUCCUGUGGGAGGCUUCUGAGCCUAGGUCGAAUGAAAACAAUGGCCUUGCACCGGUUGACAUCGGAGGAACAUCUAUCAUUUGUCUUGAGGGUAGAUGAUGCAUUCCGGGAUGGUUGGCACAUCGGAACGGUUCUACAGAAGCACUGGGUUAGAAUCAUGGGUUACAGCGUUAGGUCUCGGCGUGAAUACCAUGUAAUAAUACACAGAAGCCACUCGAUUCUACGUCAGGUAGGAAUACGAAAUUCAUCAACUGAGAUAGGGGUGACUUAGUGACA